CUCGCACACACAAUCCCCAGUGCGCUUUGGGGUUUUGAUAGGCUGAGGCCUUGCAAGACACGACCAUCUCCUUGCAUUUCCAGGCGAGAGGGCGCGACCCACCCUGUUAUUUACAGUUACCUCCCGACUCCACUCCUAUCUUGCGAGGUCACUUAGACCUUCAUGCCCGGGCUCAAGCCCAGGAAACUCGGGAAAGGGACCCCAAACCCCUUACUCCCUCUCUACUGGCAUCAAUGACAAGUCUAUUGUUGUCAACUGCAUGAGCACUUCUAAAACCGCCACCCCUUACUUGUGGACCCUCCACCAGUCUUAAGCUCAAGGGUGGUCCUAACACCACUACCUCUUCUCUCGUGGUCGGCUCUUCUAAAGCCACCACUUCAAUGGGUAACCAUAAGGUCACCGCAUCUCCACUCCACAAGGGCACUGCUCAUCCUGGUAUGAUGCCUCACACACUUCAUGCUGACGAAUUGAUCGCUAGACCAUCUACCGCGAAGGGCUUUAAAGCCGUUCGACACACCCUCACUCACAUCACUACGAAUGGCUCAGCCAUUGCAGUGAUAAAUCGGGACAAGCAAAAGCUAACACCACCUCACACUACAUUGCAUAAUACUCAUUUAGCUCAGGGCAAUCCAAAUAUUGCACCCGAAAGAGCACACAACCCGUGACUCAGUUGUAGGUCCCAAACAACUAUGUACAUGCUUGCAAACCAAAGUGGUCCUAAGACCACUCCAACUGCAAAGGUCAACAUUUGAAACGCUAGACCUCUCUCUUCACUAAGGGUUGGCUUCCAAACCACACCCAACACUUUUGCGGAUCAAGCACACACAUGCAGUUCCAAUGUUGUCUGCGGCUUUAAGGGGAAGGGCUGGCAGUAUAUGCCCUUUUCUACCCCCAAAACCAUGACAACAUGGUAUUCAAAGAAAUUCCCUUCGAGUACACUCUUGUCAACCCCUUCUACAUCCCAUGUAUGUGUUGGCCCUCAAGGAUGGACUCAGGAAAAAAUCACGGCCCCAAGGCUGAUGGAACAGUCCCUCCCUUCUUCUUCAAAAACCAAACUUCCAAAGGCGACCCCGAACUCCCUACUCUUGGGGCACCGCUCCUUACCUGAUUGACUUUGCUUUAAUCUCUUUAAGGCAGGCCAAUUAGAAGGAUGCCAUUCCCAAUUCCAGUUCUGGGAGCGCAUCUAGUGGAGUUUGAGAAUCAAGCAGUAAAAAGGCAUGAAAGUGCCGCUCCUAAGAAAGAAGCCAGAGUCUUCCACCUCUGAAGAUUUAUUAAAGAAAAACCCAUUCUACCCAUUGCAAACUACUAAUGAACCGAAAAUGAACUGUACCGUUCAAUGCACAGUUAUCGAGGUGCUGGAAGAUGAAUCCUGCUCAUUUGAACCACAGCCCCAAGGCCGUCUUGAGCCACAACCAAUGGAAGUAUGGCCCCAAGACUGUCUUGAGCACCAACUUAUGGAAGUAUGGCCCCAAGGCUGUCAUGUGCCUAGUCAGUUCAAGCCAUGGCCCCAAGGCUGUCUCAUUGCAUAUCUACCUGAGUUACGACCCCAAGGCUGUCAAGAGCCGCUGAUCACCUGAUCAUCAAGGCAAUCCCAGAUCCAAUCGGGGUAGUCUGAACCCCUAUUGCCCUGGAUUGCCAGAUCGGCGCACAAAGCGAACUAGAGUUACUUCUACCAUGGAACCACAUGGCCCUGAAGAACAAGCUGAUGUGAUGGUAGUCAGUCAAGAUGGUGAUGGUCCCGAAGAUCAAGUGGCCCGCUUUAAUGAAACCCUGAACCAUAUCUUGGACAGGCUCAAAGAGCUAGAAAAUUCUAGAUCAAUCAAAUAUAUAGAAUUACUAUUUGUUAAUUCUGGCCAUGCAUUCAUUAACAAGCACUGGACACUUUCUUUUUUCUGUGAAUUGAGAAAAGGAGAACUUGAUACGCAUACAAGUGUCCUACAUUGACACAUGUAUCUGUAUCCAUGCAAAUAGGUUUUAAAAUAGGAUGUUGGUGAAAACUGUUAAGUUUAGUGGUGAAUUAACAGAACAUCAUCUUUUUUCAUGCUUUUACAAGCUGGUGGCAUUUAAUGUGUCUCUAUCUCUUUUUGCAUUUGAAAAAUUUUCAGCUGUUGGAGUUAAACUUCUGCUAUUCAGUCAAGGGGCAAUUGCAUCUUUUUCAUUUUAAAGAAACUUGAGGUUUGCCCCUUCCGAGUUUAAAAAAUGUUUAGGUACAUUUAAGUGCAUAUCCAGCACUCAGUUCUUCACUCAUUUCCUAUGAAUAAUGUAUGGAUAUAGAAACUUGACUCAAGAGUGUGAGUUAUAGAGGAAUUGAUAUCUACUAUUGUCUAUCUAUGUGGGUGCCAUGUGGCCUCCAUGAAGGCUUUUAUUAAACAAUUUAGGCCGUGAUACAAACACUUACUUUUAUAGCGGUCAAGAUACAUACAAAAAAACUUGUGGUGUGAACUUUGACGAUACCCUCAGAACCAGGAACAAUUUGCUAGUUUGUAAUUGUAAACAUUAGAAAAUCCUCUAGGCAUGAUUCUUUCAUGGUCUAUCUGCAUCGUAGCUCAACUAUUAGAAGCUUUUAUUUCUUAAGACAUGGCUUGUGUAUUAAGACAUCCAAGACUAUGGCUGUGUAUUAAGAUAUCCACUUGUUUAAAAUUUAAGGAAAGUGUUGUGUAGAAAUUUUGUUUGAUUUUAGAUAAGAGAGUGUGGAGAUUAAUUGAAAUUUAUUUGCAAAAAGAUAGUAUUUUUCUCUACACUAUUUUCUUAUGGGAAUAGAGUUAUGGAAACCGAGGGAUAAUGCUUCCACCUCAUUCCUUUUAAUCAUGAUGAUUGAUCUAAGGAAUGAAUGGAUGAGAUCUCUUCACCCUCAUUCUUUUUAUUCGGGUCACAUAGUCCUUUCAAUGAUAAAAUAAAGGACGUGUACUUGGAGGAGAGGAAUGUAGUGCAUAUAAAAAAUAUAUAGAAUAUCUAGGGUGUUUGACUUUAAAAAGAGAGAGAAUGUCUGAGGAAAUUUUUUUUGUGAUUUGAAUAGAAGGUAUGGUAGAAUGUCUGGAUAUUUGAAAGUGAGAUGAGUAUGUUGUGCAAGGAGAUAGUUCUAAGUGAGACUACUCUCUCUCCUUUUGGAUAAGUUGGCAGUAGAUUUGAACUUAGGAUGCCAUGCUACAAUUGUCAACACCAUGCUCAUCAAAUAAUGUGCUCCAUUCCUUGCUCUAACAUUGUUUCUGUUUUAGCAAUGUCAUUGAGAUUUUGAAAAGUUUUAGACAGGCGUUUCAAGUUAAGUCGCUCUCUUUAAUGUCAUUUUAGAUUUAGAUGCUUCAUGCAAUAGGAUUUCUUAAUCAAAGGGAGGGGUUAAGUUCUGGUUUUCUCUCUCAUGGAACCAAAAGGGUGCAUGCAAACUUUGGAUAUAUCAAGUGCAAAAAUGCCAAUGAUGAAGUAACUAGAGCUUCCUUGGCGCAGCAUCAUUGCACAGCUGUAUGUAUCUCUCAGUCUUUACAAAGGAAAGGAACUGCAGAAGGGGUCAGUUUUGCCCGAAUAAAUUGAUGGGUGAACGAGCUAUUGAGCUUGGGGCUGGCCGUGGACUAGCAGGAUUUGGCAUGGCACUCCUAGGUUGCAAUGUUAUUUCAACAGACCAGAAGGAAGUACUGCCUUUGCUGAUGAGAAAUGUUGAGAGAAAUAUUUCGAGGAUUAAACAAGCAAAUUUGAAUAGUGCGUCGAUGAGUUCCAUCCAAGUUGCUGAACUAGAUUGGGGAAAUUCACACCAGAUCGCAGCUGUUGAUCCUCCAUUUGACUAUGCCAUUAGCACAAACAUUGUUUAUCCAGAGCAUCUUUUGGAUCCACCAGUGGCAACCUUAAAUGCGUUAUUUGGACCAAAAACUACUAUCGUGUUGGGAUAUGAGCUUCGGUCCACUAAUGUCCAUGAGAAAAUGAUGAACAUGUGGAAGACCAACUACGAAGUUAAAAGCAUACCUAAAUCAAAGACGAAUCCCAAGUAUAUUUGGUAACUUUGUCGUAUGGCAACGGAUCAUGUAAUAUCUCACGUUCUACAUAGAUGGAUCCCUAGUAUCAGCAUUUGAGCAUCCAACUCUUCGUAAUGAAAUUGAAGAUGACACUCCCUCAAGAAGUUUGUAAUUUUGGAGUUGUAGAGAUUAAGCAUGGAGAUGAUGAGAAUAUCGAGAUUGCUGAGGAUAUGGAGGAUUAUUCUCAAGGUGAAGAAGAAGGAAUCAAGGAAAGAAAAGAAGACUUAGGUUUAGAAAACAAGAAGCAUUUGAAUGAAUGGGAAACACGAGGAUACGGUUCUUGAAUGUGAAGGUCACCUAAAGCUGAGCCAUGUAUACCUUUCCCAUUUGGUUUUGGGUUCAAUGAUAUUUAAUUUGAACAUUGUAGUUGUCUUUUGUAUCUUUCGGAGUCCAUUUUAAAUUUACCCGGAAGGCAAAUUUUCACUUUUGAAUAAAUUAUGGAAUGCUGACAUUUGGUGGACUUACAAUUGAACAACACUUGAUUAAGGCAACCCAGUCUUUACCUGUGGUUUCUAUGGCUUGUAAAUCGUGUUUCAUUUUUUGAACACGAAUUGUUCAAGGAUGUCUCAAUUUCCUCUCAUGCAAGUCAUAGUUGUGAGUGCUCUCUUUCACCAUUUGGGUUUAGAUAGAUCCAUAUAUUUUUUCUCCUUUCUUGGAUAUGUAUUGUAAUAUAUAUUUCUGGCUAGCAAACUCAGGCCGCUAUUUAUAUCUACUAUGCUUACCAUUUGGGCUAAAUAUAUAUUUGAUAUAAUGUUGUUCCAUCCUUGAA